GCCUUAUUGUUGUUUGUGGUUUUGGUUGCCUGCAAGCUUCAGAGCUUCCUCCCCCUCCCCCCACGAAGUUCCACGAAACAUCAUCAGACCAGCAGACCUCUCGCUCGUUUGUUGCUGUGCUUGACGUGCUGCCAGGCCACCGACCGACCAACGACCGACCACCGAUCGAGACGCCAUGGGGUCUGGAUACAGCAAGACCAUCCAGGACUUGGAGAAGAAUGACCAAGGAAAAGCAGAGCUGGAUUUCACAGACUCAAACCUCGGCGAUGCAAAGCUGCAGAAGGUCGCAGAGGCCCUGCACAAGAACUCCUCUGUGAGGAAGAUCAACCUCUCGGGCACCAACAUGUCGGACAUUGGCGCACGCUACAUCUCGGAUGCCCUGGCCCACAAGCUCACCCCAACCAACGUCACCACCAUCAUCUUUGACAAGAACCCGAUUGGGCCUGAUGGGGGCCAGUACCUGGCAACCGCCCUGAAGCAGUGCUUGUCCUUGAACACCGUCAAGCUAAACAACUGCGCGCUCGGCGAUAACGGUGCCAUUGCCAUCGCCAACAGCCUCGUCAACAACGAUCACAUUGUGACCCUUGAGCUUGGCAACAACCUCAUUGGUGAUCAGGCAGCACGCGCCUUUAGUCGCGCAUUUGAGCGCAACGACUGCCUUGAAGGCCUUUCCCUGUGGAAAAACGCCAUCCUCUCUGCCGGUGCUCAGUACCUUGCUGAGGGCCUCACGCGCAACCGCACCCUGCAGUGGCUGGGCCUGGGCGGCAACAAAAUUGGCCCUGAUGGUGCUCUGUCCUUCGCGCAGCAGCUGGGACACAUGCGCAUCCACUGGCUUGGUCUUGGUGGCAACUCCCUGACGGACCAAGGCAUCAUCUACAUUGCUUCCGCUCUCAAAGACGAUGGCUGCGACCUCCAGUCGAUUGGGCUUGGCGGCAACGGCAUCACAGACCAUGGCGUGGAAAAGCUUGCCCGCGCCCUGUGGACAAACACCCGCCUCGAGUCACUCGGCCUUGGUGGCAACGAAAUCAGCACGGAAGGCUGUGAGUUCUUCAGUGAGAUGCUGCGGGUCAACACCACGCUCAAGAAGCUCAUCCUCUCCAGCAACCUGGUGGACGACGAUGGCCUUCGCGCCCUUGCAGACGGGCUAACCGUUAACAACACCUUGGAAACUCUGCUGGUGGCCGCAAACCCGUUUACAGAUGUGGGCGCACUGUACUUGGCGGACAUUCUCUGCCGCAGCAACACGUGCCUGCAAGUCCUGGACAUCCACGACGCCGAUAUGUCACCUGCUGGUGAACAGCAGGUGGUUGAUCAGCUGCGGAAGGACUCAUCCCUCCAUUUCCUCGGCUCCUUUUAUGGGCCCCGCGAUCACCGCAUCAUCACUGUGGAUGGCGCCUCCAACGUGGCACGCCGUCGCAAAGAAGCACGCCGGGCAGAGGCGCACGCGGCCGUCAACCAAUACGUGGAGGACCAGAUGGUGCCAUCCAACAUGCGCGAGCACGAAGUGUUUUAAAUCUCGCGAAACACGUUUUCGCACAACGCGCAACAAACAACAUGCAGCACUCGGACGAUGCUGAUGAUGCCGCAGGCAAUGUGCCUUGUCUUGAUGUUGUCGAAGAGGAGGAGGAGGAUGUGUUGUUGAGUGCGUGGACGGCCGACACGUCCAUGCUAGCAGACCAUGAUCGCGUAUGAAUGACCUGUUGUUGCUUCUCUGUUGCUUGUCUGUUGCCCGCUUCUGUUCUGUUUUCAUUGCGCACCUUGUCUCUGUGGCCAAUCCCUUUCGUACAAAUAAGACCACACAGCCACGCUGAUCAUCACACGAGUGUCAAUGCAACUCAGCGAGUUGACCACCACUGCCACUGCCACUGCCACUGUCACCACCAGCUG